AUGAUGAAUGUCAAUCUUCAUGCUUUGUUCAGAGUGAGGAUAGCUACGGGUGGAUCCGCAACCAUAUUGGGCGCUUGUGCUCGGGACGCUGUUCUGCCGUUCCAGCGCGAUGGGGACGAUGCGCAGCCGCUUGACACUGUUCUCGCCCUGGCUGUUUCCCGGGCCAGCUACGCGUUAGUAAAACGGCUCCUUGAUGAAGGCGUCGACAUACACACUAAGCAGCAGCACACCCAUAACCCUAUGGGCGCUGGAGGAUUGGGGAGGGAGAAGGCGUCGCGGCGGGACGUCACUGCUCUUCACAUUGCUAGCUUGUUUUGGAAUGCGGAGGCAAUCAAAGAUCUGCUUGACUACCAGGCCGAUAGCAGUGCUGUCGGCCAUGGUAUCAGAGACUUAGUUUCCUCCCGGGAUAGCAACGGGCGUCUCACACUUCACUGGGCCGCCGCAGGCCAUGAUACUCGCGAAUGCGGGCUCCCGACUCCCUAA